AAUGUAAAGUUUGGCAUUUUCAAGGAGAUGAUGAUAUAGAUCUAAAAAGUCGUCACGAAGCAAUGAAAGCAGGAUGUAGAUUCUAUACAGUCAAGGCAUUGAUAGACACAUCAUCUAGAGAAAAUUCUAUUAGAAGAAGCUUGGUCGAUAAGCUUGAGAUGGAGUACACUGAAUAUAAAGAAAAAAACAGGUUAGAAUGUCUGGAUUUAUCUUUCCGAUACGAGGGGAAAGAUAGAUUAGUAUCUACUAAUAGUGACGAUGUUUUUAAUGAUUUCGUGAUUAUUGAAAAGCCGAAAGCAGACCUUGUAUUAGGAUUACCAUGGUUAUGGCUUCGCGAAGCAAAAAUAGAUAUGGAAAAACAAGGAUUAACAAUAUAUGAUGACGAGAUAGAUACCGAGAUAGAAGAAGACUACGAUGAAUUUAUCAAAGAAUAUGGAUCGAGAUAUGAAUGGGAUAAUGAAAGGAAUCCCGAUGAGUGGAGAUACUGGGAUGACCUUUUUUGCACAAUCAAAACCUACUGGGAGACAAAGGCAGUUAGGAAUUGGAAAGAGAAAGCGCUUAAGCAAUUUGUACAUAGUCUGCCCAAUGUAAGAAAUCCAUCAUCAUUAUUUCAUGUAUUUAUACAUUUCGAUGCUUUCUAUCUUCCACAUAUUUUGAGUCUGAUAGAAUUGCCAUAUCAUCCGCAUGAACUUCGAGAGAAAAUAUGGCCGGAUGGUAUUGAGAAGUUCCGAUGUGGAUUGUUUAUUCAAGGUGAAGAAUCAAUAGUGGAUUACUGUUUAAAGAUGAAGAAAUGUAAUGAUAUUGUCAAACUCUGUAAAGGUCAUUUUAGAAGUGAAUUCUAUAGUGGAUUAACACGAGAAAAUAUGAGAUAUAUUGCAAAAAAUGAUUAUUAUCGUGAAUUAGUAGAAAUGCUUAUUCAGGCGAAAAAAGAAUCAGCGACUGGUAUUAUAACUAGGUUUAAAGAUUAUAUUAAUUCGUUAUUGUCGUCAUCAUCUAUGUUGACGGGCGCGACUUCAUUAUCUAAUAAUUCCAAAGCCUCCAAGAAUUCGUAUACCUCAAUUUUAUCACCAGCACUAGUGUCAGAAUAG